UCUCGGCGAAGGGAUAUUCCUCCGCCGCACAUGUGGUAACUCCUCUACCGGUGUCUCUCGCAGGGAACUUAUUUAUCGCCGCUCGUUUCCCCAGCGCUCGCCCACAAAUAUGGAACAGGUUAUACAAAUACUCGAGAAAACCACAUCGCCAGAUAAAACUGAGUUGGAAACUGCAUUAAAUUACCUAGAGCAGGCAGCACAAUCAAAUUUGCCAGAAUAUGUGAAAGUACUGAGCGAUGUAUUGCACCAUGGAGGAAAUUCCACCGUGGCCCGAAUGGCCGCGGGUAUUCAGCUGAAAAACACAUUAGCUUCCAAUGAUCCCAAAGUUAAAGUACAGUAUCAGCAGCGGUGGCUGGCAUUUCCACCAGAUGUCAGGGACUACGUUAAGGCUAAUGUUUUGGGAGCAUUAGGUACAGAGCAAAACCGGCCAAGCUCAGCAGCACAAUGUGUUGCCUACAUUGCAUUGACAGAAAUUCCUGUAGGCCAAUGGCCAAACUUAAUAGACAGAUUGGCCAAACCCCACAAUAUAACAGCUCCUGGAGCCACAGAUAUGACAAAAGAGUCCACUCUAGAGGCUAUUGGAUAUAUUUGUCAGGAUAUAGAGCCAGAUGCCAUAGCUUCACAGAGUAACAACAUCCUCACUGCUAUUGUUCAUGGUAUGAAGCGUGAUGAACCCAAUGAUCAUGUUAGACUCGCAGCAACGACGGCACUUCUUAACUCGCUUGAAUUUACAAAACAGAACUUCGAAAGGGAUGCUGAAAGACAUUUUAUUAUGCAAGUGGUUUGUGAAGCAACCCAAUCUACCAAUACUCAAAUUAAAGUUGCUGCCCUACAGUGUUUGGUAAAAAUAAUGUCACUAUAUUAUCAGUACAUGGAGCAUUAUAUGGGACCUGCAUUGUUUGCAAUCACACUUGAAGCCAUGAAGAGUGACAUAGAUGAAGUAGCACUACAAGGCAUAGAGUUCUGGUCGAAUGUGUGUGAUGAAGAAGUGGAUCUUGCCAUUGAGGCUUCUGAGGCAGCUGAGCUUGGCCGUCCCCCAGAGAGAACCUCUCGCUUCUAUGCCAAGGGAGCAUUGCAGUAUCUAGUCCCAGUACUGAUGAUGACACUUGGAAAGCAAGAGGAAGCAGAUGAUGAUGAUGAGUGGAACCCCUGUAAAGCAGCUGGAGUGUGUGUUAUGCUUCUUGCAACAUGUACUGAAGAUGAUAUUGUACCCCAUGUCCUGCCUUUUGUAAAGGAGAAUAUUAAGCACACUGACUGGAGACUCCGAGAUGCAGCGAUAAUGGCAUUUGGUUCGAUUUUGGAAGGUCCUGAUCCAACCAAUCUUAAACCAAUGGUGGAACAGGCAAUGCCAACCCUGAUUGAGGCUCUUAGUGAUUCGUCUGUAGUGGUGCGAGACACAACAGCUUGGACUCUGGGUCGAGUGUGUGAACUAAUCCCAGAUGCAGCAUGCAAUGACACUUACCUCAAGUUAUUGCUAGAAGCAUUAGUUCACAGCUUGAAGGGAGAACCAAGGGUGGCAUCAAAUGUCUGCUGGGCUCUCAGUUCACUAGCUGAAGCUGCCUAUGAACAGGCGGAUACUGGAGAAGUUGACGGCGAGCCACCAACCUAUUGUCUGUCUGCAUUCUUUGACCCCUUGGUAGAUGUUCUUUUGCAAACUACAGACAGAGCUGAUGGAAACCAGUGUAAUUUAAGAAAUGCUGCCUAUGAGGCCCUCAUGGAACUUAUGAAGAAUUCUCCAAGGGAUUGUUAUCCAACUGUCCAAAAAACUACUAUGAUAAUUUUGGAGAGGCUUCAGCAAGUAUUGCACAUGGAGUCUCAGAUUCAGUCCCAUAGCGAUAGGGUUCAGGUGAAUGAUAUUCAGUCGCUGUUAUGUGCAACUCUCCAGUCAGUCUUAAGGAAAGUAACCCCUGAAGAUGCUCCAAAAAUCAGUGACCCCAUCAUGGCUGCUCUGCUGCAGAUGUUCCAGACGUCUCAGGGCAAGUCAGGGGGCGUGCAGGAAGAUGCACUCCUUGCUGUUUCUACUCUGGUAGAGGUGUUGGGGCAUAACUUCUUGAAGUACAUGGAAGCAUUCAAGCCUUUCUUGUCUUUGGGCCUGCGAAAUGUUGAAGACUACCCUGUAUGCUCAGCUGCCGUGGGGGUUACAGGAGACAUAUGUCGUGCUCUGGGUGAUAAAGUAGAGCCAUUCUGCGAUGAACUGAUGUCCAUGUUGGUAGAGAAUCUUGGGAAUAAUAAUGUUCACAGAAAUGUGAAACCAUCCAUACUUUCAGUAUUUGGUGAUAUGGCUUUAGCUCUAGGACCCAAGUUUACCAAAUACUUGGAAGUGGUCCUUCAAAUGCUUCACCAGGCAUCUCAAGCCCAAGUUGAUCGCUCAGACUUUGAUAUGCUGGACUAUCUUAAUGAAUUACGUGAAAGCUGUUUGGAGGCUUAUACUGGUAUUGUUCAGGGUUUAAAAGGUGAUGGGGCAACACCAAACCAGGAAGUGCAGCUCCUGCGUCAACAUGUGCCCCAUAUGAUCUCUUUCAUAACUUCCGUUGCUACAGAUGAUGAAAAAUCUGAUCCUGUUAUUGCUAGUUCAGCUGGUCUGAUUGGGGACUUGUGCUCUGUGUUUGGAACAGACAUGCUGCAAUUGGUGGAGACUGAUCCUAUCACCAAUCUGCUCUCUCAAGGCCGGCGCUCCAAGACUUCGAAGACAAAGACCCUUGCAAUGUGGGCAACUAAAGAAAUCCGUCGCUUGAAAAACAACAGCACUUGCCCCUAACUUGGCUUUUCAGAUGAGUGGCGAGUUUAGUCUGUGGUGAGUCGAUGCAGUGAGUCAGAUGCGGUGUGUCUGCAUGGAGUGAGGGAAGAGCGUUGCCCGGCUGUGGUGAGUGGUGACCGUUCAGCGCGUGGGGUGUGUGGUGAGUGAACAGACAAACAUGGACGAUCGCAAGUGCGGCAGUUUGGCCGAAUGUGCGAUGACGACCGGAUGGCCUCGGAAGAGUGUGAAAAUAUCUAAAACUUUUCUUGAAUGACGGGAAUAUCUUCUUUUAUGAGAAUAUCAGAAAAUCAUUUCCAGUGAAUCAUUCCAGCUCCCAGGAAAAGAUCUGCCUCAUUUGCUCUGUAAAGCAUGUAAAACUUUUCCAAAGUGAGUCCUAUUUAUGAACUGUGGUUUUUGAAAGCCAGUCCUUUCAAGUGCCUUUAUGUGGGAAUGAAUGGUGCUGUAGCCAUGAGUCGGGUACCCUACUGGUAACUGAUCCAUCUACUGUAAUAUAAAUACAAGUGGGGAUAGUAUUCCAGGGUGUCUAGUCAAGGGUACAAAGGAUUUUCAACUACUACCACUUCAAUUCUGUUAGUGUUAGCCAAGUUAAUCUAUUCUAUCUGCAGGGCAGCCUUCUGCUUUAUUCCAAUGCAGGUCUUUAUAGAUUUUCUGAGUCCUCUUUAAGACACAGUCUGCCAAAUAAUCUACCAAUCAGUAAUUUUUUUUUUUUUUUUUUUUUUUUUUUUUUUUUUUUCUCUUCUUUCUUUCUCUUUCAUAAACUAUUGAAGAACAUUCUUGAAAGUAGUUAAGAUCAAUUUGGGAUAAUGCAGAUAAUCUUUUCCUGUUAUUAUACAUCCUCAGUUAGUCUCCUAGUUCUUCGGUGACAGCACAUGUGUGUUUAGGGCACUAGAAUGGGAUGCGGCUCUAAUUGUUCUUUAGUGGCAUUUUGAGGCACAUAAAAACUGAAAUCAUGAACAUGAGUACCACCUAAAUAUUUCAAACAGUAUUUCAAAUGGUUAUGCUCAAUUUUUUUUUUCUAAUUUGUUUUUCUUUUUGUUAUGCAUGUUAAAUUUAAAUUAAAAAAGAGGUUAUUAUUCCCUGUCAGGUUCUCUUGAAUGAAGUAUAAAUUGUGUGCUGCUGUUUGCAAGCAAUAGUGAGUUGGAUAGUAAUGGUAUCAGCUGAUGAUUAUUGACUGGCUAAUAUUUCCCCCCAUGUACACAAGUGAGCCAUGUCAAAUCCCUCUUAGUUUGUGAUUGCUAAUGUUGCAUUUUGCAGUGUAAGCCCUAAAUGUGCAAUGUGAGAACUGAGGUGUGUCUGCAAGUUGUUGGAAGAGAGGACAUAAACCCAGUACAAUUUAGUUUUGAUUUUGCGUGAAUGAAUCUUAAUGUAUAUGGGUUAAAUCUUUCUUCCACUUACUUGUGGAAACUUAGUUGAUACCAACAACCCACCUAAGUGACUGAACUGGUACAGUGAUAGAAGAUAAUUUGCAAUUCAAUAGAUAAUGGUUUCAAAUCUUGAGGACAAUGUUACAAAGCUUCAUUUUCCAAGUACAUAAGUUUCCUUAUUUAAAGAGGUUGGGUAGUAUGGUUAAGUUUUAACACUGUGCUCAAGUUAGAGGAUUUCUAAAGAUGCCAAAAAUGGUACCAUGGAAGGAGCAAAUCUGCUGCAGUCCUGUGACUGGUGAAUGCUUGACUGUGAUAAAGAGGCCCUGUGUGAUGUGGCGCUGAGUAAGUGUGUGGUGCAAGAUGCUGUGCAGUCCAGUAGUGUUAUGAACGUAAAGUGAAAUGGACUGAAUGUUAACUUUCACACCACACUUCUUACACAACAACUGCAAAAUUCCUGAGGAAGAUGACUAAGAGUACUGGAGUGUGGAUAAGUUUACACACUUGGACUAUACAUGAACAAUAGGCGCGCAUCCGGUGCUUUCUUCCUUGCCAUGUUAGCACAUUUCCCGCAUGUUAGCAACCUGGGAAGUUGAGAGGUCUUUGAUCUUGCACCAUUCUUCCUGGGUCUGGCAUGCUGACAUCCCCAGUGACGUGACUCAAGUGACUGAGGGUGCGAGUGCAAAUUUGUUCGUUCUUGAAGGACGUGUGACUGUGAUACUGUGUUCCUCUAGUGCAAAUGAUACUGUGUGAGUGUGUACAUUCCACCAGAUGGUGUAGUAUUAGUGUACAGAAACAACACAAAGUUAAACUAAUGAACCUGCAACAAAAGUUCAUGGUUUAGCUCAUGUAGAAAUGUAACUUGUUAUUGCCUCCAAAUAGACAGAGCUUUGUGUCUGAAACUUCUUCACUAAAGUUAUUCAUGACAUACAUGAUGUAAUUUCAGUGUGUGGAUAAACCUAGUGUAUAUUUUUUCACAACCCGUUGAUAUUCAAUCUGUUUCAUUUAUAAUUUGAUUACUUCUUUUGGUACUUUAAGGCUAAUAAUUUUCCUUUAAUAAACCCUGUACUAUAUUUACAAAUGCAAACCUUUGAAUAAAUAAGUUUGUGAGAAAUGUUUA